CAAAAUGAUGCUGUCACCGCGAUGGUCGACCUUGACAAGUGCGACGCCAUCGUCGUGGGCGGUGACUGUAUGGACACCAGAGAAGGAUGAGCACUUAGCUGCGUAUGUGUCCUCCUCCAUCCGCGCGAGCCUGGAGGCAUCCACCGAAGAAGUGGACCAAGACCUGGAGCGAGCAGUGUAUGCUACUCGAUUUCCACUCGGGGUGAAUUGGAAAGCACUAUCGCUGGAGCUGGACUGCAGCCCCAUGGACUGCGUCCGCCGUUACGCGGAGCUAAAGACUCCACAUGUCCCCUCGGAAGAAGAGGUUCGUGUGGUGCAUUCGCCUCGUUUGGACGAACUGCUCUCUUCGUCGCAUCGGUCGUCGAGUCCAAUGCUGUCCCCCCCGCCGUUUGCACUGCGCAGUGAGCACCGCAAUAGUCCAUUCAUUUGGGAAGACGUAAGCAGCAGCAACGAUAACAUCUCGUUGGACGACUCAGAAGACCUGCAUGCGAUCGAGAUCGAAGAGCUCAGUCGAGACUUGAACUCCGCCUUGACCCACGACGACGACGACGCCCUUCCCCUGGACGAUUCUUCAUUAACCCAAUCGGCCCUCGAAGAAGCGUUCCUCGACCUCACUUCCAACUCCAUGCCAAGCAUGCUUCUCGGCAGUCACGCAACAUUCCGCCACUAACACCACACAUAUAUAUAUAUAUAUCUAUACAUUCUACCAAGUAUUAAUAUUACUCCAGGAUUUGUUUGC